AUGGAAAAUUUCAUGGCACACUUUAAUGCUUUGGAAUCGCAAUCUACUACAGACAGAGUCCGCUUAGAAGAGCUGCAACGUAGCAACGCUAUGAAAAAGGAAGUCAUUGCCCAUAUGAAAAAUGAACUGGCAAAACGUAAUGAAUUGGAUCGAAGGCGGAAUGAAAGACUUGAAAAUUUUGAAUGUCAACGCAAAAUGACAAUGGAGAAUGUUACUGCAAAUCUUUCUUACGCCAAGGCAUUGUCAGCUGGAUUGGGAACUUUAGAUUUGGAAUCUGCUAAUCAAGUGACGAACAAGGAUGGAGUUCGAACGAAAUUGGAUGACUUGAGAACACAAAUGUCAAGAAUUGGUGAGAUUGAGGAAAAACUGCGUAGUGAUAUUCAUGACCUUCAGCAACCGCCAAGAACAAUAGCAGCUGGUCUCAUCACAGAAAUGCGAACUAAGCAGGCAAUCAUUCGAAAAGAAAUAUCAGAUCGAAUGGCGACUUUUGACUUAACUCACCUCAGUAAUAUUAUUAAGGCAAUUGUUGCGGAGGUUCAGGCGAUUGAGAGCCAACGCAAGCAAAAACUUGAAUUGUCAAAAGAGCUUGCAGCAAAGUCUGAAAUUCUGUCUAAUUUGGAUGCUGACAAUGAGGCAUUGGCUUCUCAGCUGCAAAAACUCCAGACUCAAUUCUCAACACUGCAGGAGGAGAAGGAGAAGGUUAUUAAGCAAAAUGAGGAUAACGCUAGACGUCUGAACGACAUGGAAUUAGAAAAAGAAGAGCUUCUCAAGACAUCAGAAUCACUUGCAUGUGAACUUGAGGAAAUAAGGAGCCAAGCAACCAGUCAGAAGAAAAAACAGGCUGAAAUCGACGAGAAAAUAUCAUCGGCUAAGCGUGCAUUAGAAGAAAUGAAAGCAGAGGUUUCAUGUAAAGAAGAAGCCCUUAGAAGGUUGAAGGAACAACGCGAAAGUAGGGAAGCGCAGAUGGCAGUAGAGCUAGAGAAUAUGAAAAACGACUUCGAACAAAAAUUUGAAGCAUUAUCGAGACAACGGGACACUUAUGUGAAAGCUUCGGAAGACGCCCGAGCAGAGAUUGAAAAAUGGAAAGGCUAUGAACAUUUUCUCCACGUCUACGAGGAGCGGUGUCGUAGAAUAGCCGAAGCACAGGAAAAGCUGCUGGAGUUGAAGGAAUAUCAUAGAUAUCUCCUCAAAAAGGUGGAAGAAAAGAGGAAGAGGAUUAUUCAAAAGAGUGCGGAACUCGAAACCGUUCGUCGUAACGUCGACGACACAAAGCGCGAGGUAGAAAAAAGGCUAGGGGAUAUGAAGAAAAGCAGAAUCGAAUGCGUUAAGAAAAGGAAAGAGAUGGACAAAGUCAGUGAGGGAAAGAACAUCAAUACGGGUUAUCAGUUAGAGGGGGAACCUCGUCUCCCAAAGAUCAGAAAAAUUGAGGUUGAAAGGGACGAACGUUCUGGUUUGAGACACACCACCACGCUUGCUUCAAAGUUGGCUGACGAUUUCAAGCGAGGUAUUACAGUGGAUCUGGGCGACAGUGUGGUAAGAGAGGACGCCGGCGGCGAUUUAUUCGGUCGUGUGGAGAAUAUUGCAUAUAGGAAAUUUUCUCAGCCGAAAGCCAACGAUGCAAACACAGCGCUAGCGUAUGAACGAGUUCGUGGAAGUGAGAUUACGGCUGUUGCUGAGACUAUUGAGCAAACGCAGAAACUGUUCGAAGCUCAUGACUGCAAUGUUGGGGAAAAAGAUGGUGCAACAAGAAAUGAGUAUGCCAUUAACGAGUUUAUCAGCACUCAAAGACUUUCGCCUGCCGACAGUUGUAAUGAUGACGUGGAAGGGUUCGCUUUCUAUAUCGUUAAAGAACCUCAGUCGGAAAGUGAUCUCUCCGAGGAACUUAGCGACACUCCACUCCCUCAAUCGACGCUUGAAGUAGCGGUGCUUGAGAAUGUAGUGGAACAUGAUCCACUCGUGGAAAGUGGAAAAUCCGUCAAAAAGCUUUCUGAUGAAAAGGAACAGAAAGUUUGGGGACAACAAGAAAUAAAGACGUAUCAUAAUGAGGAGCUGUGUAACUACUUCAUCACGAAAGCAGAAGAUUCCUUUGAUACACGAGAACUUAAACUUGAUGAAGCUCCUUGGCCGAAUCUUCUUAAUGAGAAGCACACCCUUGGCAAAGAAGAAUUUUUAGAAUUAAAGGAUGGAAACAAUAUCUCUAAAGCGUCAGUGCACAAAUCAAGCUGUGGAACACCCAGGCGUGGGCAGAAGGUUGAGAUCUGCAAUAUCAGACAGCAAACACCUUCACUACUUCAGCGGCAGUCACCUCUCCACAUUCUGGAAGAGAAAGUUCGCACUCAUACGAAACAACCAAUUGUUGCUGGUUUGCCUGAAUCCUGCGUUGUUUGUAUUUCUCGAGAAAUGCGAAGGGCAUUAUCAUAUCAAGAACUGUCUAUUAUGUGUAAACUGAUGACAGUCCUUGAAUUUUGCGAUGAGACCACAGCUCACUGUGUAGUUUUAGCAGAUACGAACGGUGUUAGCGAUAUUAAUGCCGAUCUCCUGCGUGCAAUGAUGCAGUUGGUUUAA